AUGGCUCCUCGCAACACCAUGUUGGCAGCUGCCGGCCUUGCCGCUGGUGGUUACGUGGCCACGCAGGCAUUUGUGCCAAGUGCUUCAGGGCCUGCUGUGAGCACUGAGGCCGUAGCCAACUUGCGUGGUGCCUCAGCUGCCCCAUCGCAGGGAUUCGGCAGCGCACUGCCACUCAUGGGCCUCGUUGGCGUCGGAGCCGUAGCUGCCGGGCGCAGCCGCAUGGCCCGACGAGCUGAGCCCGUGUCUGCUGCUGCCGCUGCCGCUGCUGCUGCAAAAGCAGCUGCUGCAGCCAAGGGAGCGACUGCAACCACCUCAGCUGUUGCAGGCUCUGCUGGUGUUGGCUCCUUGAAAAAGGGAGAGGAAACCGUUGCAGGCAAGGGUGGAGGAAGUUCAAGCUUUGACCCUGCUACCCAGAUUGGCGCUAUGGCUCCUUUGGGCUUCUUUGACCCGGCAGGGUUUUGCAAGAAGGGCGAUGAGGCCGGAUUCCGCAACCUUCGUGCUGCUGAAAUCAAGCAUGGCCGCGCUGCGAUGAUGGCAGCCCUUGGUGCAGUGGUGCAACACUAUGUGAAGUUCCCUGGCUUUGAGUCUGUUCCAAGUGGCCUUGCUGCUUCCAUCACAGCUCCAGGAAGCUAUGGCUUUGUGGCUCUUUUCGCUGUGGCUGGCAUCCUUGAGUUGGGCGCGUGGACUGAGAGUGAUGACAAGGAGCCAGGAAACUUCGGUGACCCCCUUGGCCUGAACCAGUACAACCAGGAAAUGAGAGCAAUAGGACUGUUUGCAGCAAUGCCGACGGCUGAUGGUGCUGCAGCUGGUGGUGAUGAGCCUUUCAUGGCAAAGGCUGACAACUUCGUGCCGACCUUCUCCGGCAAGCAGGCGUACUUCGUGAGGCUUCGACGAAAAAGCGGUCACACAGUCCAGCAGUACCAGACCGAGAAGGUGAGAGCAUUGUGGUUUCUGAGAAGGAGUGGUCUGACAAAAGACCAACGGCAACUUGUGCUGACACAGUUGGGCGGAGAUGGAUUGACCCUUGAUCGGGUCAUGAAAUCCAUGAACUUCAUCAUAGGCCAAGACAGCAAACUGGAGUCAUCUGCCUCAGCCUCAAGCAGAUGGCACAAGGGCAACACCACCUACAAGGCUGCCUACCGGGCCGGCGAUGAUGAGGAGUACUACUAUGACCCUGACGAGAAGGUGGACGAGCCCUACCCCGAUGCCAUCUACGACGUUGAGGAGCAUGACAACAUCUUUGCGUCCUAUGUCGAGGAGCCAAGUCUGGGGGGCAAGUCGAAAGCCCGUGGCAAGGGCAAAGGAAAGUCCUUUGGAAAGAGCCCACCUCAGAAGGGUUCGGCAAAGCCUCUUGCCGAAGCUGCCCUUGGAAAAUCGCUGUGCUUGCGCUGUGGCCAGUCUGGUCACCGAGCAAAAGGCUGUCCAGCUAGCUCCGCUGACAGCAAGAAGCGCAAGGCCGGCAAUGCAGAAGCUAUCUGCAACUACAUCGAGUACAUGCGCAACAAGGGGAUCAACGUGGAGAUCGAUGUCGAGGUCUUCCAGUGUGAGAAGGGUUUUCGAUAUGGCAAUAGCCAACGAGAAGUGACAAACUUGUGCUGCAUGCUGCCGACGUUCAUUGGCGGCAAGAAGCAGAAGAUUCUCUGCUAUGUCAUUAAAGGUGACGCUCCAAUUUUGAUUGGACGACCCCUCAUGAAGAAGCCCAACAUGGUGAUUGACUAUGCAGCCGACCUCUACCUGUCCGGCGACAACACGUGGAAACCCUUGGAUCUUGGGCCCAAAGGUGAACACAUCAUCCACCUCAUGGAAGACUACACCCUCAAGGAUGACACCUCCGAACCCCAACUUCCCUUGAGCUGCUUGCAAGAUGAUACAAUCAUGGAAGUCAAGGACAUUCUUGUCAAAGAGGAAGCAUCUCAUGAUGAUCUCUCUGGCCUGCACCCAGCGCACGAGUCUCUGGAGAGCGCAGUAGUUGCCGAAUCAGUGCAUGAGACUGCGCAAUCAAUGCAUGAGACUCCAAGCUCCUGGACACCAAGUGCUAUGCGUCCUGCACCUCAAGGAGAAGAAGGCGCUGAGAUGACCAGAGAUCCAACAGUUUCACUUCACCCCGCAUUCCGAAUUCAAAUGAAUCGAACUCCAGUGACAUUGCGAAGGCUUCACCCAAAUCGCCUUCGCAAGAUGAUCUACAAUGCGCAGUUUCUGGUGAAGGAGCACAACGAGAUGAUGAAUGAGGCAAUGCAACCUCCCAGAAAGACUCAUGUUGUCUGGGAGCUCUACUGCGGAAAGGGACGGUUGUCUGACUAUGUCAACUCGAUCCCAGGAUGUCGUGCUGAGAAGUUUGGCUAUGGCCAAGGUUGGGACUUCUCCAGACUGCCGACCGCAAGGCAUUCCUUCGUCGCCUUCGUGAAGAAGCAGGAGAACCACGACACCCACCGCACCUUUGUCUCUGUGGUGUACCAAGUGCAGUACAGAGCAGUCGACAUGCGACAAUUGAGCAUCCAUGGAGCCCAAGAGCAUGGAAGACACGAGCAUUGGCUCAGCUCUAUGGUUUUGCGACCUAUGUGGAUCAAUGCGAACUGGGUCUUGAACUUGAAAAUGAUCAAGGACAAAUGUUGCCAGCCCGAAAGCCCACAUGUCUCUUCACAACCCGGAAGAAUGUCUAAGGUGACAUGGGUCUUCAUGUGUGCUCUGGCAACCAUGAGCAUACUCCAUGUGAAGGCUGCAUUCCAGGACAAGGUUCGACGUUCAAAGCUUGCUGAAGAUUAUCCUUGGCAGUUUGCACGCCAACUUGCAUACUUCUUAACUCAGGACGAUGAGACCACCGAUGACAUUCAUGCUGCCAUCGAUGCGGAUGAGGUGAAGAUGCUGACUGAAGUUCAAGCCACUGAGAAUGUCCUGGAAGCAGCACGAAAGUAUGUGUGCCGCUCAUGCUAUCACAGAGCCAAACCAUUUCAAGUACCACUGUCUGGCGGAAUUUCAUCAACAACCUUUGGCAAUCGACUGGUCGUGGAUUCGAGUUGGAUUCAACUUGGACCAGAUCGACAAUGCAUCCUCACUAUGGUUGACGAGGCGACCCGAUACCUCACCGUGCGCAUCCUGGCUUCUGAGAAAUCCACCAACUUCCUGAAGGGAAUUGAACGAUCAGACACUUUGGGGUUCCCAAGAUGGGAGUCCAAAGCUGUACGUGAUUGGUGUUCUGAUCACGGAGUGAUCUUGGAAGUUGCCGCUGCCGAGUCACAUAAUUGGCUUGGUGUGGUUGAACGUCGUCAUCAAGUCGUACGACGAGCUCUGGAACUCUACGUGGACAACGUUGAACGUGGCGCCAACAUCGCCAGAUUGAAGGAAGCAGUCACCUAUGCUGACUCAGAUGCCAAGCUGCGUCGUGCUAUGGCCCAGAAGUUCUACGAAGGCAAGGAUAAGGUUCCAACGUGCCCAUCAACCCUGAAGCUGCACUACGAGAUCUUGAAGAGAUCCAUGCAAGGUCAACCACAAUUCCGGGACAUGGCCAAGGAGACCGACCCACUCGAGCCUAUCCUGGAAGACCUCUAUGAGCCUGACCACGACCCUCCUGCAGCAGUCAGUGGUUAUGAGUAUGAACCUUCAGAGUUUGCACCUGAGGAGAUGCCCGCCGAAGUUCCAGGCAUUGUAACAGUCAUGAUGCCCGGCAUGCGAGAAGAGAGAGAGAAAGAACUCCAAGGAGAAACAGAAGACAGUGACGUUUCAACGGAACUUCCAAUGCCUCUUGAACAUCCUGAUAGACCACCUCACCCACUGCAUCAUCCACGUCCUGAACUACCGGCUGAUGCAUCACCAAGAAAGCGCGCGAGAGCAGCGCUAGAAACAGCUGCUGCCACUCCAGUCCCUGAACAGGCUGAAGGGCACGAGCUUGCAGUUGAUGAUGUAAGGUUUGUCGACAUGGUGAAAGGUUCACUCCCACAUGGUUGGACCGUGGUCGAAAACGCCUUUGAGCUGGAUGAAGCAUGGCUAGCCUCUGCAACAACCAAUCAUCUCCGACGAGGGCGAGGUGAGAUCAAUGCCAGAGAGCUGAAUGUCUCCGACCGGGAGAAGGUGAUCCAGGCGAAGAUGAAGGAGCUGGAAAGUUUCUUCACCAACAAGGUUUGGAAAUUCAUUGACCCCAAGGCCAACCAGAUUUCCAAAGACCGCACAGUGACCACACGAUGGGUACUGACUUGGAAGCCUGGUGUGCCCGAUAAGAAUGGUCAUGUCAGUGGUCCUCGUGCAAAAGCGCGUCUAGUCCUUCGAGGUUACCAAGACCCUGACCUGUUUUCCCUUGAGAAGAACAGCCCCACUUCCCAGCGAGCUGGCAAGAUGACAUUGCUGGUCAUUGCCACGAUUUUUGGAUGGCUGGUUUGGUGUGGCGAUGUUCGAGCCGCUUGUCUAUCUGUUGCUGGUUUUGGCCGAGAACUUCUUGUUUUACUCCCACGUGACUGUGGACCUCUGCUUGGCUGCGGCCCUGGACAACCAGUUCACAUGCGCAUGCUAAAGAGCGCAUAUGGCUUGGCAGAUGCCCCUCUUUUGUGGUUUCGGGAAGCAUCGAGACGCCUGACCCGUCUUGGUUGGAAUGCGCAGGACAUGCUGACGAAGCUCAAGCAAGAGUUUGAGUUUGGCAAGCGGGAGGAGCUCAAUGACAACAAGAAGAUCACCUAUUGUGGAGGAGAUCUCCGACGAGAUGGCAACAAGAUCCUGGUGAGCUACGACUCCUACCUGAAGAAGAUCUGCCCGAUCACCAUACCAAAAGGCAGAGACAACAAAGAGAAGCUCACAGACCAGGAGAAGAAGAAAUGCCGUGGUCUACUAGCUCUACAGUGGCCUGGUGGACAAGGCAUGCCUGCCGUAUGUGCCUCUACAAGCCUUUUGGCAGGAGAACUUGCACAAGGUUCUGGCGAUGUGGUGCAAGGCCUCAAGAAAUGCCUGCGUUUUGCCAAAGAACGCUUUUGGCGUGAGACAAGACUUGUCAUCAUAGGCUACAUCAUUGUCCUCACCGACAAGCGGGUGCUGCGUGGCGAGAAAUGCAAGUUCUGCACUGUGGCAUGGCGAAGCUUACAGGAGCUCACUAUCAGCUGA